AUGCCUUUCGGAAACACCCACAACAACUUCAAGCUCAACUACAAAGUUGAGGAAGAGUACCCUGACUUGUCCAAGCACAACAACCACAUGGCCAAGGUUCUGACCAAGGAAAUGUACGGCAAGCUGAGGGACAAGCAGACACCUAGCGGCUACACCUUGGAUGACGUCAUCCAGACUGGUGUUGACAACCCCGGUCACCCCUUCAUCAUGACUGUUGGCUGUGUUGCUGGCGAUGAAGAGUCCUAUGAGGUUUUCAAGGAUCUGCUGGACCCCAUCAUCUCCGACCGUCAUAGUGGAUACGGCCCCAAUGACACCCACAAGACUGACCUGAACUUCGAGAACCUGAAGGGUGGUGAUGACUUGGACCCCAACUACGUUCUGUCCAGCCGUGUCCGUACUGGCCGCAGCAUCAAGGGAUUCACCCUGCCACCCCACAACAGCCGUGGAGAGCGCAGAAUAAUCGAAAAGCUGUCUGUUGAGGCUCUGACCAGCCUGGAUGGUGAGUUCAAGGGCAAAUAUUACCCCCUGAAGACCAUGACUGAUGCUGACCAGGAGCAGCUCAUCGCCGAUCACUUCCUGUUUGACAAGCCCGUCUCCCCCCUGCUCACUUGUGCUGGUAUGGCCCGUGACUGGCCUGACGCCAGAGGCAUCUGGCACAACGACAACAAGACUUUCUUGGUCUGGGUGAAUGAGGAAGAUCACCUGCGUGUCAUCUCUAUGCAGAAGGGUGGCAACAUGAGGGAAGUCUUCAAGCGUUUCUGUGUUGGCCUUCAGAAGAUUGAGGAGAUCUUCAAGAAGCACAACCAUGGCUUCAUGUGGAACAAACAUCUGGGUUACAUCCUGACCUGCCCCUCCAACCUGGGAACCGGUCUGCGUGGUGGUGUCCACGUCAAGCUGCCUAAGCUGAGCACGCACCCCAAAUUUGACGAAAUCCUCAACAGGCUGCGUCUGCAGAAGCGUGGCACAGGUGGUGUUGACACCGCCUCCGUGGGUGGUGUGUUCGACAUCUCCAACGCUGAUCGUCUGGGCUCCUCUGAGGUCGAGCAGGUCCAGAUGGUGGUCGAUGGUGUCAAGCUGAUGGUGGAGAUGGAGAAAAAGCUGGAGAAGGGAGAGGCCAUUGACAGCAUGAUCCCUGCCCAGAAGUAA